UAUUUAAGAAGUCUCUUACUUAAAUAGGCAGCACUUUCUAUGCCCUUUUGCCUGAAUGUGAGAUGGCAUCUCUGAGCCUCCUGCCUGAAGACUGUAGGGUAGCUCUUAAUGAAAUAGCAUCUUUUGAGCUGAAUAUCAGUGAUGCUUAUUUAUCUAUGGCCUGCUAUUACAAUGAAGAGACUGGAUUACCUCCUUUUGCUCCAUUCUUUGAAGACCAAGCUGAGGUGAAGAGGGAACAUGCAAAAGAGUUCCUAAGAUACCUAAGAACACGUGAAGCUAAAAUCUGCCUUCCAGUGAUUAAGAGGCCUGAUAUAGAUAACUGGGGAACUGGCAUACAAGCUAUAGAGUCUGCUCUGGAGUUAGAGAACAAGUUAGAAAAGCUCCUGGAAGACCUGAAGACCUUGGCUUCUGGGAAAAAAGAAACUAAUCUCUUACGUUUCCUGAGAAAGUUCCUGGAUAAACAGAAGAGGAACAUAAACUAUCUGAAUUAUCAGCUUCAAUAUCAGAAGGAAAUAGAAAAGUCAGCUCAGCAGGAAGAAGGAAGUUCAACCCAGCCAGAUGCCCAGAAGGAAGGCUCUUCUGAAAAAUCCUGCUAAAGAGCCAGGACAAGGAUUUAAAAUCUGAAGGCAGGUAGUAAGUUUUCCCAUUGUAGGUCCCUGAAGAAGUCAACUUAAGAAUCUUGAUAUUCUGUUUGAUGCUUUCUUUGUAGUAUCCUAACCCUCAUUGUUACGCAUGUAAAUAAAUCUGUUUUGCAUUAUAUUGUGUAAAGAAAUUGCUAGUGCAGCACAAAAAAAGUGGGUUUGGUGAAAGCUUUCUGAGGGGCAGUGAGUGCAUGAGAAACAACAAAAAGCCUUUCCUCAUGGUCCCAGUAACACCCAGGGGCAGAAUCAGGAUUUGGUAAAACCAACCAGUUCAAGUAGAUAUAGCAGAAGUUAAAUGUAAACCUUAGUCUCAUUAGAAGACCCUGCCCCACAACAUGUAUAAAUAUCUAAAGUUUAUAAAACAGUAUGAUUUUCUUCUAAUUAAUUGCAAACCUAAACUUGAUACUAACUCUUGGUCUAGUAAGGGUGUCUCUCAUGAGAGAUACAAAGUGGACAAGUAGCUGCAAACCAAGUGGCUGAGGUAGGCACAGGCAGGAAAGUGUGUAGGCAAUAAAGAUACUGCAGACAUCUGUGGAUGCCCCUACCCUCUCCACUAGCAGUUACUGGGGCAAUUGUUUUCAAGAGAAAAUAGUAAACUUGCAAGACCCAAGGGCCUCAUGUGGCUAGUAUCACCUGGGAAAAAAAGGGCCUAGCUCCAAAGUUUACCAGUUCUAGGGCCUUCACUCAUUGACUCAGUUUAAUCAUCUGAAUUAAUAGUUCUUAGUUCAUAAAAUUAGCAA